AUGUUAUCUGGUACCGGUGGUGCUAAUAUAACAAAGAAAGCUAGUGCAUGCGCACUACACGGUGAUAGUGAAUCAACUGAAAAGGAUACAGUUAUGGGUGAAUUGGUUUGGAAGAAAGAUGAGCAAGGCUAUGUACUGAGUGCCUUCUUUUGGGGCUAUAUUUUCAGCCAGAUCCUUGGUGGUUAUUUAGCCGGUCGAUACGGUGGUCGUUUAGUGAUCGGUUUUACGAUUCUCGGAAGUGCAGUUCUUACUCUGAUCAGUCCAUUAGCCGCAACAACCAGCGUUUUUGCAUUCAUCGUUGUCCGAGCUUUCAUGGGCUUUAUGCAGGGUGCCAUAUUUCCUGCGUUUCAUACCAUGUGGUCAAUGUGGGCGCCACCUCUGGAAAGAAGUUUAUUAACGGGUUUGACAUAUGCAGGUGCUCAAAUAGGUAAUACAGCGGUGAUGCCAUUGUCCGGUUUACUUUGUAAGUAUGGAUUUGCAGGUGGUUGGCCAUCCAUCUUUUACGUACGGCCGGCGUUUUUAUGGUGUUUUCUUUGGUUCUUCUAUGUUUCGGAUCGACCGUCACAUAGUAAACGUAUUUCUAAGAAAGAGCUAAACUAUAUUGAAAAUUCGUUAGCUGACAUAUUAGCACCGGAUUCCAAGAAG